AUGUCCCAGCGGCCAAGCUCAGGAGCGUCUGAGGUGGGGAAUAGUGGUGGUGAAGGCGGUGAUGGUGUAAGAGCAGCCUCUCCCUCUAGCCUGGUCCUCCCACAACUGCCUUGCCAGGCCGGCUCGUCUACCUCUACCCGGACUCCACCUUCCAGGACCUCGGCCCGCGGCACGUCUCCUUCGGGCAAGAGAAGGAUCUCCACGACGUCGUCAGUGGCCUCAGGGACGUCCCUCGCCUCUCUCCUGGUGAAGCUGCACCAGCCGCCCCACUCCAGUCUCUCCGUCGAGGGCAAGCUGAAGAUCAGAGCCACUGUAGACUGUGGAAGCGAUGUUCUUUUCUGCAAGUUUUCCCCUGAUGGUUCGGUGGUCGGCGCCGCUCUCAGGUCAGGUCAGGUCAAGUUCUUCACCCAGGCUGGAAUGCUCUCCAACACUCUGCAGUUACCUGGAGAGGUGAGCGCAGUGGUGCCCACUCCAGCCACAUCUCUCCUCUGGCUUCCUGGAGCCCAGCCCGAAGCCAUCCUAACCGCCUACUCUGACGGGCGUGUGGUGGCGUGGUGUGGGCGUGGUGUGGGUGUAGUGCAGGACACGGGCGGUGUGGACGUACGGGCGGCGGUAGUAAUGGGCGGUGUGGACACCCAGGUAGUGACCUUCACCCGAGAUGAGGUCACAGUCAGGGACGCCCACACUCUUAACCCAAUCACCACCAUGGAUCAGGGCGUGGGCGGUCAGCUGAUAGCUCGCGGGUCGCUGUGGGCUGUAACUGGGCGUGGGCGGGAGCUGGUGGGCGGGGGCGGGAGCGGCCUCACCUGGUGGGACGCCCGCACCGGCAGCGUGACCCGUCGCUUGAGCGGUGUGCAGGUGCGAGGGCCCGCCCUGGCCUGGCACCCUCACGCUAACAGAGUAGUGUCUGGGAGCUGGGGCGGCGGGCCAGACAGCGUCAAGGUAUGGGAAGCCUCCACAGGAAGGUUAACUCAUCUCCUUCACUCGGACUCCGUCAACACUUGCGUGUACAGCACAGUGUGGGCGGGCAAGGAGGUGGUGGCGGUGGGCGGGGCUGACCCCAACCUGCUGAGACUCGCCACACUGGAUAAUACGACGGUGGGUGUCCUUCGUGGAGUCCGCAACACGGUGUGGGCCGUGGACGCCAUCCUCGGCCGGGGACAUCAAGGGACACGCCUCGCCCUCGCCUCUGGACCCACCCUCUACAUACUCGACGUCCUCAAAUGAGGAUCCGAUUUUCACUCUGAAGAAUGCAAAACCAAGAAGCGUCGUCCUACUUCAGCGCUAGCGUGAGCUACAAGGUCUACACUCUGCAGACUCGAACUAAGGCAAUGUGAGCAAGCGACCCGAAGCUCCUUUGUGAAGGUGACCCGUGCAAAAAUGACCAUGUUUUGCAACUUACCAGCUGAGUCACUUGUAGAAUUAGUACACUAAUUGUGCUUUUGAGAAAAAAUAAGGCUUUCCUUAGCGCCUCAGCAAGUAUCCGGAAGUCGUAUUCUCAGAUGUAUAAGUAAAAGUUAUUGAUCUAGUGAUUGUGAGAAUCGCAGAGGUCGACAUUUUAUUCAGGUAAUUGAUGAUGGUGCGAGUGUUGCCACGGGGCAUGAUCUUACAAAUUACGUCGCUUUUAGGUCGUUUGCGCUACGACCAAAUAUCGACGUAAUUCAAAAUAGAAAUAUAUUUUCCAAUUAAAUUUAGGAUUUUUUUGUUUCCGA